AUGUCGGACAAAAUAAGCCGAUCCGGCAGCGCUGCUACCACACUCGUAUCUCCGAAGGUACAGGAAGCAAUUCACGCCGAGGUAAACGACGUGUCGAAAAAGGACGCCUACCCGCUGCCGAAUAUGAACGGCAUACUGGACAACUGCUGCGUUCGGCGCGUUCAUCUCGACGAUCGACCUGAGCCAAGCUUAGCUUACUUUCAAGUGCCCCUCGCGAAUGAAGCCGCGAGAUUACCGCCUUUAGCGUUCCGGGGAAAGGCCUAUGAUAUUGUGAUCGUGACGCCAACUUUCAAAGAGCAUUUAGAAUGGCUGGAUCGCGUGUUGCAAAAGAUCCUCGCUGCCGGAUUAACGAUAAAUCCCGAGAAGUGCGAAUUUUGCCGCGCACAAGUUAAAUAUCUCGGUUCAUUGUGA